UGAUGUCCCGUUCGAAUUGUUGUAUAAGCCAAUUUGCAUCGUGCUUUUUCUUUCUUAAUCAGCCUUGUUCUUGCCAAUGUCGCCUCUUUGUGUUAUCAGAUCCAGACGAAGCCUAGUGACUCCAUCUCAGAAAACACCAUCGGGAAAGCUGGACUUGUCGUUCAUCGAUAACGUUCCGGUCCUCAGAUGCUACACUCGCACGUUGCAUGUAUAUAAACAUGGCCCUCAAGCUUCAAAGGUUAUUAGGGAAGCCUUGUCGAAAGGUUUGGUGCCUUACUAUCCCCUCGCCGGACGGCUAAAAGAGUCCAGUGAAAAUCAGCUUCACGUCGAAUGUUCGGGUGAAGGUGCCUGGUUCGUCGAGGCAUCAGCUGAUUGUACACUCAAUGCAUUCGAUUACUUCAAUAAUGCUAGCUUCUCCAUUCCUUAUGAUGAACUUCUCCCUGAUCAAGUUCCUAAAAGUGAAGGCAUGGAACCUAUUGUACAAAUGCAGGUGACACAAUUUGCAUGUGGAGGUUUUGUCAUAGGCUUAAUAUUUUGCCACACUGUAUGUGACGGUUUAGGAUCGGCACAGUUCCUAAACGCCGUAGGGGAGUUGGCGAGAGGUGUCGAACAUCUAAGCGUCUCACCGGUGUGGCAAAGGGACUUUUUUCCAAUUCCGAAACAACAAGAAAAUGUCGACCAAUUGGCAAACUUGCCGAUACCAAUGCUAGGCAACCCGCUAGAGCAUGUGAGCAUCGACAUUUCCAUGGAUGAAAUCAAUCAGCUAAAGAAACAAUUCCUCGAAUCAACAGGGCAAACUUGCUCUACUUUCGAAAUCGUAGCUGCCAAUUUCUGGAGACUCCGAACAAAAGCAAUAAACUUCAAGGCAGGUACCGAAGUCCGGCUUCUUUUCUUCGCGAAUUGCCGUCAACUCACGGACCCUCCUUUGCCUAAAGGCUUCUACGGCAACUGUUUCUUCCCGAUAAUGAUCACAGCCCCAUGCGACGUGCUUAAACAAGCAUCAGCAAUCUAUGUGAUCGAACUGAUACAAGAAGCGAAGACUAAGCUACCUAUCGAGUUUUCGAAAUUCAAGAAUGGAGAUUACUUGAGAGAUGGUAAGGACCCAUUUCUAGCACCUCUAGGGUACACCACUUUGUUUAUAUCAGAAUGGGGUCGAUUGGGGUUCAACCAGGUCGAUUACGGAUGGGGUCCUCCGGUCCAUAUGGUUCCGAUUCCUGGCUCGAGCAUCAUCCCUGUUGGCAUCAUGGGUUCGCUGCCAUUGCCCCACAAGGGUGUCCGAUUGAUGACAUGGUGUGUUGAGAAAGACCAUAGCCAGCCCUUCACUCAUCUCAUGACAAAACUAAUCUAAAAAGUAAGAGUUAAUUGCACUGCACCUCCUCAAACUAUGAUUCUCCUUUUAAAUAUUUUAAUUGCAUCUCUAAACUAUGAGUCUCAUUCUAAAUUGAUCCCCAAACUUUUAAGCAUUUCGAAUUCACCCCCAAAUUAUGGCCUUCAUUCUAUAUUGGCCCCCAAACUUUUAAAUGAUUU